AUGGCCGAACCUUCUCAGUCUGACGACGAGGACAUUCUGAACUUGUGUACGCUUGACCUAUUCGGAGAACUCCCAAACCAGGAUGAAGAGCUGUUCACCCAACUUCGUUGCUCGAUAUUCGCGGAUAUGACUAUUUGUGACAUAUUUCAAGAGCUCGCAGAUCAGCAUGAAGAGCUGUCUGUCCAACCUCGUUACUCAGAAUUUCAGUAUUUCCACCUAUUGCCGGCAGAGCUACGUGUACAAAUAUGGGAAAAGUCGAUGGAAAGACAAUCUCGUACUUUUGUGUUUCUUACCGAAGGACCCAAGUUAUGGGCGGAUUUCCACCAUUACUAUCGACCACCAGCAGCGCACGCGAUAAACCGGGAAAGCAGAGUGGAGGUUUUCAGACGAUUUCUGGUUUUCCCACAAGUCUACUACGACACGAGAAAGGCCAAUUCGUUUGGAUAUGGGUAUGAGCUGGUGAAAAAAUACAUCUCCAUCCGUCCAGAUAUCGAUAUUUUGCGAAUGACAAUGAAUCCGUUUGCCUUUGACAGCCUCAGGAGGCGUAAUCAACCAUCUCCGGAAUCUCCAUAUAAAGUGAGCGUAGACUGGCCGACAAUUUUCAGGAGAAUACAGAAUUUGGAAAUCGAGGGCGAGGUCCUGAGGGCUCAUAAGGACCUGAUCCUUCGUGCACUGAAGUCCGGAGCCUUCCAGCAGUUUGAUAGUCUUAGAAAAGUUAAGGUCAUCAAGCACGAGGUUACUUUCCUGUCUAAACCGCAAGACCCUGAAGAAAUUAAUGAGGCAUACGCUACAAUAUUCGACGCAUUCAACGACUACUUCCAGUGGAGACAUUUGGUCAGCUCCUGCACCAUCAAACCUCCGAAAAUUGAAAUAAUUGAGAACAAGAGCUAA